AUACAGAACAAGUGGACACAACUAUGGAAAAGAUCAGCACGAUAUGCAAAGACGAGCAGAAUCGAGCCCAAACUACCAUCCAAGCGUUACCUCAAAUCUGCCCGCACCCUCAGACGCAAUCAAGCAGCCAUCCUCACCCAACUCCGCACCGGUCAUGUCCCACUUAACACCUACCUUUGCCGAAUCAAAAAGGCUCCCUCAGCUGACUGCCCCCACUGCCCAGGUACACCGGAAUCUAUCCGCCACUACUUCACAGAGUGUAGAAACUACGCGCUGCCUAGAACCAAAUUGCAUCAGAAACUAA